GCCUCAGUCUGUCCGCCACGUGGGCGGACAACGUGCAGAAUUACCUGCAGGCCAAGUGCUACAAGGUGAUGCUCUGCGACCCAAAGGACAUGACUGUCCCAGACCUGGCGUCGCUCCGGACCGCCAUCGCGAUAGACGCCUUGACGAAGUUGCCUUCGCGCGACCGUCUGAUCUUGGACGAUGACAAGAUUCACAGACUGGUCCAGGCGUGGGCGUUCUUCGACACGCUGGCUGUCGUGUGCAGCGGGGACGAGGAGAUGCUAGAUCGUUCUCGCGGUCACUCCGAGGCCGCGCGCUCCGCCAGGCAGCCCGUGCUGUCGAAGCCGGCGUCCGAGGAUGCCCGGGCCGACCUGCUGGAGGAGGACACGAAGAGGCUGGUGCCCGCGUGGCCGCUGUCGGAGGCGCGGAAGUCGAUCAUCGACACGCGCUGGUUACUGUGUCACGGUGAAGUUGUUCGGGCUGUGUUCCAGCCGAUCGCGGACUCCCUCAGACUGGCGCUUGACAUUGUCGGCUCGGGGUUCAACGCCAGUGGUCUGACGCUGGAGGACACGCUCGGCCACAUGAAGGACGAGGCCGCCGCCGUUUUCGCGGUCAAGUGCUUCUUGGCCAACUUGCAGGUGUGGGGCUCCCUGGGGAGCCUGCAGGGCGAGCCGUGCGCCGGGGCGGACGGGAGCAUCGAGGCCUUGCUUCAGCGGGACGGCGCGGUGGACCAGGAGCCCCCCGAGGCAGACUGGGCGCACGGCGCCGUCGGGCUCACCCCGGAGAGGUUGUCUUACUACCACCGGUCCCUCACGCGCUGGUCAGUGGCCAAGGUUCGCCGCGACUUCCGAGGGCACGUGGCCUCCAUGCGGCGGAGUCUCGAGGUCGCAAUCAAUUCACGCGAAGAAGGAUCGCAGGGCGCGCAGCUGUCCACCGCCGCGCUCGGCCACCUGGGCGAGGUGGAGGGGUUCGUGUCGGCCAUCUACCGCUUCUUCAGGAGUGUGGACGUAGCCGACGGAGGAGGCCGCCCAAGCACGCCGAGCACCCCGCCAGCUGCUGGCGACCUCGAGAGGCCCGGCAGCGACGGCUCCGACGGAGGCCCCGACGGCGGGGAGGCGCGGGCGGUCCGCCCCGUCCUCGACCGCGCGGUGCUCGGCCACUGCAUGUGCGUGGACUGCGGCCACAACGGCGUCAUCAGCGAUGGCGAGGCACGGCACCUUGCCCUCCACCUGCGGGCCGCGCGCUUCGGGCGGCACGGCUGCGGCGGCGACGCCGGGGACAUCCCCUGA